AUGUCCCUACCCGCCGCGAAAUACUCUUCUAUACCGCCAGACAGUCCCACACUUCCACCCGAAAGCGUCGCGGAAUCACCACCACCACCUCCCCCCGAAACUUAUAACCAUGAGAUAUUCUUCUCUCGGCUCCACGAAUAUGCAUUUAUUUUCAAUGUAUGCCUUGCGCAGCUUUUCUCCCUCUCGUCCCUCGCCAUGACCGUAGCUCCUCUUCCAAUAGUCGCAGACUACUUCGAUAAUCAUGAUCCUGGGCAACUAAGUUGGUUCACUGCAGCAUAUAGCUUGACGGUGGGGACUUUCAUCCUUCCAGCUGGGCGGCUUGGAGAUAUGUACGGCCAUAAACGCAUUUUCAUCUUUGGAUGGCUGUGGUUCUCGUUUUGGUCUAUCAUAUGUGGAUUCAGCAAGAGCACUAUCAUGUUGAGCGCUUUUCGAGCCAUGCAGGGAAUUGGUCCAGCACUGCUAGUACCUAACGCAAUGGCACUGGUCGGAAGAACUUUCCCUAUGGGAAUGAAGAGGAAUCUCGUAUUUUCUCUGUUCGGCGCAUGCGGUCCAACUGGAUGGGUCACCGGAGCGUUCUUCUCGUCGCUUUGUGCACAACUAGGUGGUAAUAAAUUGAAACCUUCCGGCUGGGCAUGGUCCUUUUGGUUUCUAGCCAUAGCGACCUUUUUGGUCAGCAUCCUAUCGUACCUCGUAAUACCAGCUCCAACCACCCCACCCCCGACUAUGACACCGACCACGGAUAAAAAUCUCUUGCGCUUGUCCCAGCCAAUGAGACCUCAGUCAGGAGCUCAGUUCGACUACUUGGGAUGUUUCAGUGGAGUUUCCGGUCUGAUCCUGAUCAAUUUUGCCGUGAAUCAAGCGCCGCUGGUAGGCUGGAAGGUCCCGUACAUCUACUACCUACUCGUUCUGGGUGUUGUCGUGUUCGGAUUCUUCAUCUACGUGGAGCUAAAGAUAGCGAGUCAUCCCCUCGUGCCACUUCGUGGUCUUUCCAAAGAAGCCGGCUUCGUGCUUGGCUGCAUCGCCGCUGGAUGGGGAAGCCAUGGCAUCUGGAUCUAUUACUACUAUCUGUUCCUGGAGGACCUGCGCGGAUGUACGGCGCUUUCUGCAGUCGCACAGACGCUUCCCGUGGCGGUGACGGGUACGAUGGCUGCGCUCAGUACCGGGUUCCUGUUGAAGAGGUUCCAAGUAGGCUACGUGAUGAUGGCAGCCAUGAUGUGCUUCCUGCUUGGCGCCAUUCUUCUCGCUACUGCACCUGUUGACCAGAGCUACUGGACUCAAACCUUCCUAUCAGUUUUAGUCAUGCCCGGCGGGAUGAACCUGAGCUUUCCGGCUGGAACUAUCAUUCUCAGUAAUGCUAUGCCGCGUGAGCACCAGGGGAUAGCAGCAAGCUUGAUUAGUACAAUGGUCAACUACUCUAUCUCGACAGGAUUGGGCAUUGCCGGAACGAUCGCGGUGAAUACGAACGAUCAUGGACGUGAUCCGCUUGGAGGGUUUAGAGGAGCGUGGUACUUCGGUAUCGGCCUCAGCGCACUCGGUGUUUUCAUAGCCGGGUGGUUCGUUUAUCAUUCUAGAGUACCCAAGUCAUAA